AUUUUGUUACACUUUGUCUGGUGGGCUAAAAAUCAGCUCAGUGUCCAGCUCAUUUGUGACAAUUUCACCAAAAACUGAAACAUUUUGAGCUUCAUAAACAGGUGUGUUAAGGUGGAAGUGUUGCACUGAAUUGCAUACAAUUGUAUAUUCAGUGAUCGAAGUGCAAAGACAAUACAAUUAUAGUAUUAAAUACAGCGACACGCCACAAUGUCAACAUCCUGGAAGAACGGUAACACCUACGUGACAGGUGGAGAUUCUCUUUCGAAGUACUUUGAAGGCACUUGAACUUUGUACUCCAGUAUUCCAGUAAAGUGGCUGUGAUCUGAUAGAACAAUUUGGUGGAGUAAUUUAAACGGGAGACCCCUGAAUUUUACUUUGUCACCUGUUUUGACCAGCGGCGAUGGAGAAUGAGACAGUGUCUCUUAGCGAAGGCGGUGAACCAGAAGGAGCGCCGCCGCCGCCGCUAAACUGCACAGCUGCUUGUUGUCAUGGAGGAGCAAAGAUGGCGGUCCUGGCCUAUAGCCUAGGCAAACGCAUAAUAAAUCAACAUUUUACCAUUAAAAAUGCCAAAUUAAUAUCGCUAGCACUCGUUAUUUCACUCCUCGUGUUUCACACAGCGUCGCGGUAUUAUGGAGGAGGAGACUCAUGUGAAUGGCUACUGUCCAGAGGACGUUACUUGGGGGAGAACGUAUGGCAGCCUUAUGGCUGUAUUAUGCACAAAUACAAAAGCAAUGAAGCCAAAACCUGUUUGGCUGAAAAGCGUGUGGCCUUUGUUGGUGAUUCACGAAUCAGGCAGUUAUUUUACUCCUUCAUCAAAAUUAUUGCCCCUGAGCAAAGAGAAGAAGGAAUCAAGCAUGAGGACAUUUCCUUUGAAGUAGACCGUCCCUUUAUUAAUGUGGACUUUUUGUGGUAUCCAGAGGCAAAUAAUUCAAUGAAGGAACGUUUAAGCUCUUGGAUACGUGGAGUACCGGUAAAGCCAGAUGUUGUCAUCCUUGGAGCUGCCACAUGGUCCAUCAAGUUGCACAGUGGCAGCAGAGAGGCCCUGCAGCAAUACAAAGUCAACCUGACAGCCAUUGCUGUGCAUCUACAGAGGCUGGCUGACCAUGGAGAGGUCUACUGGAUGCUGCAAGACCCGGUAAAUGAGGAGGUUUUGAGUGAGAACAGGAAGAUGAUCACUAACCAACAGCUGGACCUGUACAAUGAAGCAGCGACAGAAGUGCUCAGCAACAGCAAGCGUAAUGGGAGUUCCAGGGUCAAGCUGUUAGCCGCAUCUCGUCAAGCUGCACUUGGAACUAUCGCACAGUCAGAUGACGGCUUGCAUAUGCCUGAGAGCACCAGGGAUGUGGGAGCCAUGGUCCUCAUGAAUUCUGUGUGUAACAAGUUACUGAAGCCCAUUGAUGGCUCCUGCUGCCAAACAAAACCACCCCCUAACCUCCUUCAGAAACUGGCAGCGUGCUUCUUUCUGGGCUCAGCCCUGGUCUUACUGGUCCUCCACCUCCUUGGCAACAACCAUCAUCGCCGACCUGUGCCUCCCGACGUGGAGAGCCUAGAGGAGAAGAAGCCAGUGACAGCAGCUGCCCCCCCAGGUCCAAAGGCACCCUUCCUGGCUGUUUGCAAGAUGGGCAUCAUCAUGGGCUAUUUCUACCUUUGUGACAGAGCAGACGUGUUCAUGAAAGAACAGAAGUUCUACACACACUCCACAUUCUUCAUCCCUCUUAUCUGUAUAUUUGUCCUGGGUGUGUUUUACAGUGAGAACAGCAAGGAGACCAAAUUACUCAACCGUGACCAAACAGAUGAAUGGAAAGGCUGGAUGCAGCUUGUCAUCCUCAUCUAUCACAUGUCUGGUGCCAGCGCUUUCAUUCCAGUGUACAUGCAUGUGCGGGUGCUGGUGGCAGGCUACCUUUUUCAGACCGGCUAUGGGCACCUUUCAUUUUGAAACCGAAAACUCCGAGUUGCCCUCAUUUCGGGGUAUUUUGGUUUACCAAGUGUGUUUCCAUUACAGGUGCUUUUCCGUCUGAACUUCCUGGUCGUUGUGCUGUGUGUGGUAAUGGACAGACCCUACCAGUUCUACUAUUUUGUCCCAUUGGUCACUUUCUGGUUUGUCAUUAUCUACGGCACACUGGUGAUGUGGCCUCAGAUCCUUCAGAAGAAGGCCAACAGCAGUGGUAUGUGGCAUCUUGUGGUCCUGAUAAAGUUACUGGGCCUCCUGCUGUUCAUCUGCUGUUUUGCUUUUUCACAGCGUUUAUUUGAGAACGUCUUCUCCGUGUGGCCCAUCUCUGAGCUCUUUGAGCUGAACGGAAGCAUCCACGAGUGGUGGUUCAGAUGGAAGCUCGACCGAUUUGCAGUGAUACAUGGCAUGGUAUUUGCCUUCAUCUAUCUGGUACUUCAGAAGCGCCAGGUGCUGUCUGAGGGCAAAGGAGAAGCUCUCUUCUCUGGCAAGAUUUCCAACCUGCUUCUCUUCUUCUCUGUUGUCUUCUUCAUUACUUACUCAAUAUGGGCCAGCAGCUGCAAAACCAAAACAGAGUGCAAUGAGAUGCAUCCUUACAUCUCUGUGUUUCAGAUCUUGGCUUUCAUUCUUAUUAGGAAUAUUCCUGGCUACGCCCGGUCUAUAUAUAGCUCAUUCUUUGCAUGGUUUGGAAAGAUCUCUUUGGAGCUGUUCAUAUGUCAGUACCACAUCUGGCUGGCAGCAGACACCAAGGGAGUUUUGGUCCUAAUUCCAGGAAACCCUUCACUCAACAUAAUGGUCAGCACCUUCAUCUUUGUGUGUGUGGCUCAUGAGGUUUCCCUCAUCACCAAUGACCUAGCCCAGGUGGUCAUCCCCAAAGACAGUGUGGCACUGUUGAAGAGACUUGGGACCAUGGGGCUCUUGAGUAUGGCUGUACUACUGCUGGCCAGGAACAGCCACCCCACACCCGGCAUGUGAUGCACAGAUGUUGAUGGGAUGGGGGUGGGUGGUGGGGGGGCAGGCCACAGCAGAUUUGUUUGCCAAGCCCCAGCUAAAACUGAAGAGAAGUACAGAUCCAUGGCAGUAGCAGGCCUGAUGUUUGAGGCUAGUGGCGGCCACGAGAGACAACCUUGGUCAGUAGUGUUGAGUGGACAAGGAGCUCAUAGGAAAAUAGUGUGUCAUUGCUGGUUGUGUUUGAGCAGUCUCAAUUCUUUGAGUGCUGAGAAAGCUGCACACUGAAAGAAGGAAAAAUGCCCAGAAAAGGGGACAAUGUCCAUUUUAGGGCAGAGUUCAAAUUGCAAGAAAGGGGAAAAAGAACAAAUGUUCUAAAGGUUUACAUUAUCUGGAUUCAACAGAAGAGCAGAGGAAAAGUAUGGAGAUGUGGAAUUUUAUUUAAAACAAAAAGAAACCCUCAUUUCAAGACUUCAUGCUUUCUGUGAAUUUUUACAGCAGUGCUUCUACUUAGCCAAACACACUAAUAAGAUGUUUAUCUUGUCACAUACUCUGUCAUUACUUCACUCCUGGAGGGAUCACUAGGCACAUACUCUCUCCACAUGGGGGAGACCCACAAGCUGCCCCUGAUGGUUAGAACCAUCGGUGUGAGAUGGCGCCGCAGAGGGCUGACUCCUUUCUGUAUCAGAAACAAAUUCCUUAUGCGCAACAUACAGUACUUGGCCAAAUAAAGCUGAUUAUCCCUAUCCUUAUCCACAUGGCAGUCACAGUUGAAGGUUGUAUCACUCAGGUGCAUCCAUAACUCACAUAUACAGAUAUCUACUCUUUCAUAAUAAAAUAUUCAAUUGUGCUGCAUUUUAUUAUCAGCAUUAAUUUGUACAAUGUUUCUAGUGAUUUUAAAAUUGUGUUAGAUAUCUAAAUAUGCAAAAUAUGGACCAAUGACUGGUUUGGGUGAUUUAAAAAAAAACAGUCAAACAAUUUGGAGUGCAAUGGUUAAAAUGUUGGAAUAUCCCUCAACAUAUUUUUGCUAAUGUUUUUGUGAGUAUCUUUAGAAAUGUUUGCCUUGUGCUGAAAGGUACUGUGGUCACCUGCUGUAGUUCUGAAAUUCAAUGUGAUAUGUACAGUAUUUAAUGAUUUAAUUUAAGCUUAUUUUAUACCUUUAUUUUGUUGUUGUUUUUUUUUCUAUUUGU